AUGAAACAGAGGAAAACUUGUGUGAGGAAGAUACAAAAAUCCGAGUUUGAGUCCACUAAACACUGCCACGGAUUAGAAGACAUGUGUCAGGCUAUCAAGGAAAAGCUUCACAUUGAUUGGAGAAGAACAGUUUGGCAGGAUCUCACCAAACCUCUGUAUUCCGGAUUAGCCGCUAGUUUGAAACUACAACAGCUUGUCGGUAACAAUACUCCUGGUGUCCUAGAAAAGCAGGCAGAUUUCUGGGUACACAACUAUCACAAAGGAAGAUCUGCCUCUCAGUUUAUAACGGAAGUAAACAAAAUCCCAGAUGAGAAAUGUCAAAUAGAUUUAGCAUUCAUGCUGGACGGAUCAGGAAGCAUUGCAUUCUUAAAUUUCCUGCGAAUGCUGGAAUUUGUUAAAAAUACCACAAAACAAUUCAAAAUCGGGUCUGAUGCAGUUGAAGUGGCGGUCAUCUCUUUCAGUGAUUAUGCACGCGUCGAGUUUGGAUUUGGACAAUACAAUACUCACAGUGCUAUAAAUACUGGGAUCGAUAACAUUCAGUAUGAUGCUGGGGGGACAAACACUGCCUCAGCCAUCCGUGUUGCUAGAACCUCUGUCUUCGGUUACAACUCGAGACCGAAUGCAGUAAAAGUUGGACUCGUCAUCACAGAUGGGUACUCCAAUUUAUUUAAUAGCACCGUUCAGGAAGCUUUAUACGCUAAAGACGAUGGUAUUGUUUUAUUUGCAAUCGGAAUAGGAAAUGUCAAUGAGGAAGAAUUGAAUGAGGUAGCAAGUUAUCCAAACUGUACGCACGUUUUCUUCAUUACUGAGUUUUCCGAUAUUGACGCCCUGGUGUACGAAAUAAAGAAAGCUGCAUGCCGAGCUCCAGUUGUGAUAAAUAUUGAUCACACCAAGCCACCCAUCACCGGUCCGGUAACUGAUAUAUUUGGAUCAACCAUAUCACCAACUGCCACAACAGAAAAUACUGAACCAAGGCCAAUAGAGCGCAACAUUACUGACCAGGUCACAAUUACCCUACCAACCAAACAUAAUGAUCAUCACAACAACAAUUCCAUACAUACAAAGAUGAAUGUGUCUGUUAAUUGUGGAAUUGUCCAUGUGUACACGUCCUACGACAACCCCCACCCCAGUCCAGUCCUGUACAAUGACAAACUAACGGCCACCGAUGGUCAUCCGGCCGUUCUUUACAUUAACAGAACUGUAGACGGACGCCAGUUGUAUGCGACCUUUGUAGGAACAAAACUUCCUCCAGAAGCAGCUGGUCUGAAAAACUGUAGCGACGCCAAAUAUCAAGCAAUAUUCAUUACGGAAAAUAAAAUAGAUGUUGAAAUAGUGUGUCGUCAAAAUCACGUAGAGCGCGCAUGCACUAAGUUGGAUUUUCAAAUGCAUGGGAAGUACAAGGAAUUUUUAUGCGGUACAACGGGAGGUAUUAACGAGCUUGUGAUUGCAAAUCCUUGCACAGCCAGUGCUAUACAAAACAACGAGAUGUACCAUCCCCACCCCUAUGACGACACCAAGUUUAUUAAGUGUGACUUUCAGCAAAAGAUGUACGUCACACAGUGUCCCAGUGGAGAAAGAUAUCACCAGGGUUCCCAUUCCUGUGGAUCUACAACUGCAACCAUAUCUAAAGACAAGACUCCACUGGACCCUGACAUGGCGAAUCCCUGUACCGCACAAGCGCUGAUAAACCACCAAUUCUUCUUUGCAUACUCAAGAGAUAACACAAAAUUCAUUCACUGUGACGUAUGGGGCCAUGCUUGGGUCAUGCUUUGUGCUUCAAAUUUAGUUUGGAAUCAGGAGAGCCAGACCUGUAUUGAAGACACACACACCUCAUCUAACCCUUGUACCCAGGAUCAGUUAGAUAAAGGGAUCACGAUGUUCCCACACCAAGACCCCCACAAGUACAUACACUGCGAUAAUGGACUGAAUCCCUGGGUACAGUCAUGUACUAGCGGACUUACAUUCAGUUUUUCAUCACAGAACUGUGUUUGGGAUUCAGUCGUUGGUUGAUUAUCAGUAUUUGCUCUACAGUACGUGUUUAUGACUUGAUAUUCAUCACAGCUUACCAUCAGAUCUUAGACAAAGAUUACUUCCAUGUGUUUGAAUGUAACCAUUUUUUAUUGAUAUUAGCGCCUUUAUGAUAAG